AUGUUGACCGAGUCUGCGUGUUAAUAAACACUUCCAUAUUACUGUUUAUUGAUUGGUCCUGUCAUUGGCCGACACAACAAACACUAACCAAUAAACGAUUUUUUGUAGUGUUCGAAAAGAUGGCUGCGUUGCCGUCUCCAACACAGGUAGCAGGAAAACAUAGUGCCAUAUAUGAAUCAUAUUAUAGUCUGGUGGAUCCAAAUGGUAUUGGAACAGUUGGGGCUUUGGAAGCAGCUCGCUUUCUCAAACGUUCUGGUCUAAGUGAUGUUGUACUAUCGCGAAUAUGGGACCUAUCAGAUCCUGGUGCAAGAGGAUGCCUGGACAAGGCUGGACUAUUUGUUGCCCUUAAACUUGUAUCUGUAGCACAACAAGGCAGAGAUGUUAAUAUUGAAAAUAUUUUAUUGGAUACCCCACCUCCCAAAAUGGGGGAUUUGCCUUUACCAAAACCUGCAAAACCUCCCCUUCCAAGUAACACUCCCCUUAUUACUUCUAUUCCACCAACAGCAGGUGUUGAUUGGACCAUUAAGCCCAAUGAAAGAGAAAAGUAUGAUAAACUAUUUGAUUCGUUAAAUCCUUCAAAUGGACUUAUUCCUGGUAAUAAGGUCAAGGGUGUCCUUAUGGACUCAAAAUUGCCCCUGGAAACUCUGGGAAAAAUUUGGGACCUAGCAGAUCAAGACAAAGAUGGAAUGUUGGAUAGGCACGAAUUUAUUGUAGCGAUGCAUUUAGUGUACAAGGCGUUAGAGAAGCAUGCGGUGCCGAACACGCUGCCCCCCGAGCUAUUGCCGCCCGCGAAAAGGAAAGGUUCUAGUACGACGGGUACUCCCAUUAUAUCCCGCGGUUUGGAUGGUAUGAAGCCCGUUGUGCCUUCUCCCCCGAAUGUGCCGGCGUCACAUUUGCCGCCACCGGUUGCCAGGCCCCCGCCACCCAGCGUUUCCCCUCAACCGAUGACGGUAGGACCAACCUGGGUUGUCACAACCGACGAAAGAGCCAAAUACGACCUCUUGUUCGUCAAGAGCGACGUCGACCACGACGGAUUCGUCUCGGGGGCCGAAAUUAAAAACGUGUUUCUGCAGAGUGGCGUGCCCCAAGCCGUUCUUGCACAUAUUUGGGCUCUGUGCGAUAUAAAACAAAGUGGAAAAUUAAAUAACGAGCAGUUUGCGUUGGCUAUGUGGCUAGUGGGUCGGUGUCUCAAAGGUAUCGAGCCACCGCCGUCGUUGACACCUGAAAUGAUACCUCCUAGUUUUAGAGCAAUAAAAGCUGAUGGAAUUGUGGAGAACAAUAAUACUACAUAUUCUAAUCCUGAGUUAGACAUGAUCAGUAAAGACAUAGAGGAACUAUCGAGAGAAAAAAUAGCAUUAGAGGCAGAUAUUCAACAGAAAGAGGCUGAUAUUAAAAUAAAGAAUGGCGAAAUUAAAAGUUUGCAGGUUGAAUUGGAUACAUUAGCAGCGACACUAAAACAAUUAGAAAACCAAAAAGGCGAAGCCCAAAAACGGCUUAAUGACCUCAGAGCUCAGAGGUCGGAAGUUGACAAGGAAUUGGAAGAAGUAUCGAAUGCUCUCGAGGAACUAAAGGAGAAGGUGGACAAACUUAGGACUCAAGCAGCGGAACAGGCCGAGGCUGUGGCUUCGCAAGAAGCAGAACUAAAUAGCAAAAAGCAGCAGUUAGAAAGUCUGAAGCAGGACGAACAAAUGCUCGAACAGAGGAAGAAUGAAAACGCUAAGAAAUUGGAAAAUCUCACUUCGAAUUUACAAGAAACUCAACUCACUAUCAGUCAGGUAAAAGCAAUGAUAACUCAAUUACAAGAACAAACGCGACAAAUGAACGAUGCUAUAACGAUUUGCGACUCGGCGAUCGAUUCGAAUGAUCCUAACGUUGUUCCGGACGCAUCCCUGAGGAUUACACCCGAUUUCCGAGGAAGUGAGUACAAAAAGAUCGGCUUGACAAAUGGACACAUAAAACAGAACGGAUUUCAAGAAGUGAAUGACCCUUUCAGCAAACACAAUGGUCCUGUAAAUUUAAAUUCUGAUUUCCAAAACGAUCCAUUCAAAUCAGAUCCGUUUAAAAAUAACAAUGGGGUUUUUGAUUCCUCACAAGAUCCAUUUACUGCUAACUUUUCGAAUAAAAAUAAUAAUGGAUUUCAAUCAGAUCCAUUUGAUUCAUUCAAUACCAAUGCGGAUAGAAACGAUCCUUUUAACGCAUUUGAUGGUAAAGAAGAACCCAAAAAGGAGGAGGAUAAAGAUCCUUUCGGCUGCGAUCCAUUUGCGGUGUUACAUGCACCAACGAGGGAUGGUGCACCACCCCCACGACCUACCAGUCCGAGUCCCGCCCUUCCCCCUAAGAAGAGUAAGCAGCCGCCCCCGCGACCUGCUCCACCUCGACCAAACCCGCCAUCUAAAUUAUCUCAAAAUGACCCUUUUGGUUCAGCGGGUAUACAUGACCCCUUUUCCUCGAGUAAUACCGGGGAAUUUGCUGAUUUCGCCGACUUCGACUCAAAGUUCAGCGACACGUCGAGCACAAACUUUAAUAAUACUAAUAAUAAGAGCGUGUCAUCGAAAUAUUCGGACGCAACGAUUAAGAGUCUCGAAUUCACGGACGAUCCUUUCCGCGACUACCGCUACGAAGACCCCUUCGAUAUCACGUUCGACGAUGAACCGGAAGAAGCCACAACAAAUACGACGACGGAGGGGGACCGUCAUCGUCCUAUGGGAAGCCUAGAAACCCUCAAGUCAAAUGUGUCCAAUUUAGGCACCAGCACGUCCAGUUUAAAAACCAGAACCCCAAGCGAAUCGAACGUUUCAUCCCAAUGGAAGAUAAACACAGCACCGUGGAAAACAACUACUAACAGCACCUUAGAUACUACAGAUUCAUGGAAGAUCAUAACAGAGACAGGGACUGGGACUGGGACUGGGACUUCAUCGUUGCCGGACAUAAACAAGUUCGAUGUGAAUUUUGACCCGUUCGGUCUUGAUACGUCUUUCAGUAAUAGUGGUAACAACAACAAUAAUAACAAUAUUAGUAAAGAGUCAUCGUCGUCUUUUGAUCCAUUCGGAUUGGAUAGCGGUAGACAAUCGGUGCCAUUGCCCACUGCAUCUGAUCCUGUUGGCAGUAGAGGUGGUCGUGCUUCCGCGCCCCUAAACGCCGGCAAAUUGACAUUGAACGAGGACCAGCAAUUGGCGUGGGCCGCCCGCGAAAGUCUGAGACUGGAGGAGACACGGAAACAACGACAGAUCCAGGAAGAGGCCGAUCUCGAACUGGCCAUCGCGCUUAGUAAAGCCGAAAGUCAACAACAGACCUCCAAGAAAUGACAGACGAUAUGUAUGUAUAACAAAACGUCUUUAUUGAAAAUAUUAAAAAUUUUUUUAUAAUAUUUGUUUUGUUGUGUCAUUGGCUUCGAAUUAGUUAUAAGGAACUUUGCAUCAUCUUUUUGUUUUUUUGCAAGAUGCAAAGUUUCUUUCAUGUUUUGAAAAUGGAAAGUCAUUUCAGUAUAACAUACAGCAAAGAUGCGCUCUUUUUCUUAAAAUGUGAAUAAUAAUCAACUGACGUUGAACUGAUAAAAUUGAAAUUCAUUUUUAGAAAAAAAAAAAAACUACUCUUGUGAAGAACAAUCUAAAUCGGUGUAAAAAUGUGAAUUUAUUGUAAUAAUAUCCUUCUAAAUUUACUGUCUUUUGCGUGGUUGCAUUUUCAAUUUUAUAAACGUUUUUGGUGUUUAUUAAAAAAUUCUUAUGCCACACUCGUAUUACAAGAAGAAGUGUUGACAAUUUUUUACUUAUGAAUAUUAAGAAUUUCUUUUCUAAAUAUGCAUGUAUUUCGCACAAUUUAUUCUAAAUGUUUUCUUCAACCUUUUUUUGUGAUGAAUAGUGAAAUUAUAUUACACUAUUUAAUUGAAAUUGAUCUAACCGAUAAUUCAAUUGAUUGAAUUAAUCAUGUGUCUCGUUUGAAAAUAAUAAAUAAGUCACUAAUAAUUCUGUGGUGGAAUUUUAUGCGAAAAUGUCUUGCUUUACUCAUGUUUUUACAUGUGCAAGAUGAGCCCCUUUAGUACCUAUUUUAUUCCUGUGAGGAAAUAAAUAGAUGGAAAAAUUAACUUUUUUUUUAAAUUUAUUUUUCAAGUUUGAUGUAUAUCUUUGGUGAUCUUUUAAAAUGAAAUGGGUGAAAUAGGAUUCUAAAAGAGGCUCGUCUUAAGAUUAACUGACUGUACAAGUGACUUGCUGAUUUAUGAAUUGUAUAAAUCGAAACAUGACAAAAUAAUCUAUAAUCGUAGUUUAGUUUUAGUUUGGAUGAAGGAGAGACUAUAUUGUAAUUAUUUCACGUGAUAUAGAGCUUGUGUUCUUCGAUAAAUUGCAUACACAUGUAUAAUGCAAGUUGCUUCGAUAUAUUGUUUUUAUCAAAGCAUCUCUGCCUUAUUUAACCAAAAAUCAUACAAUAAUAAACAAUUAAUCAAUAUGCAAACAGAAAAAAAUACCUUGUGUGUAAGUACAUAAUAAUAAUAAUAAUAAUAACAAUAAGUACAUAAAUUAAUAUAAUGUGUAUUUUGAUUUUAUUUUGUUUCUUCGAUGUGCAAUGCUGGUGUGGACCAAAGUUAGCGCGUACACUUGUACUAAAUGAAAAAAAAAAAUGUGUGUUUGUAUACUGUAGUUAAUAGGAUUUCACGGCAGGCGUGGAUUGGUUGCAAACUUUUUUCCAAUUUAUUCUGUUGUUAGUCACAAAGAAAAACGACGAAUCGUUUUGAACAAUCCAGAAAAAA